AAUAUAAACAUUCCAAUGUGUCCGUUUCACAUAUUGUAACAUUUAAUAUUUUGUAUGUUUUCACAAAAUGUGUUCGGAGAAUCAGAGAAUCAAACUGUCUUCAAGCAGUAUGAUAAAUGCAAGCAAAGUGACUAACAUUCACCUUUUGCCUUGUGAAAUACAACAUAAUGGCGAGGCAAAUGUAGAUAAAUAUUUUCAAUGCACUGUCAAAGAUCAAGAUGCAGAUCAAUCGCCCGAUCAAAGACGCAAGGAAGCUACUUUCCGUGGUCGGAUACUUCGGGGUGAAUCUCUUAAUGUGGCAGAAGGAUAUUGUGGUUAUAUUUUGACAGAGGACCGAAAACCAAUAACUGAAGAAGAGGAUCGUAAUUUUAAAGUGUCCAAUAAGUUCUCGAAGUUCACCUAUUGGAAUCUUGAGGAUACACCUUGUCUUAAUGACAAGAUACGGAAAGCGAUGCAAUGGCUGGAUAUUUCAUCUGCGAUUCAUCGACGAGUGGAUGUUGAUACAGACUCUGAAAAUAACACGCCCGAUACAAUAAGAUGAAGGUUCAGUAUGAUUCAUAAACAGAUGAUUAUUCAUGCUUGGAUGAUAAUGAAUCAAAGACUCUAUCCUUCUAGCCUUUAUAUGUGAAGACAAUUCUCUUUGCUUCACAAAGGAAUGCAAAAUACUUGGAUUAAGGGCAUACAACUUGUAUGUAUUAUUGAUACAAGUCGAAGUAUACAACACUCUUCUUGUGUGUUGCAAUUUUAUUGAUUAUUAUCAAGCGGAACAAGCGCCAUUUAAA